GGGACGGGACGGCUUCGACGGGUUGCACAAGCGUUGGAUUCUCCAUCCUGCAACCCGCCGAGUCAGUUCACAGUGGCAACGCGAUCGAGCCGCUCGUGGCACCGUGCGACGCCGGCUUCUUUGGCACCGAUCAUCCUCUAACUCGGACCGGACGUCUUCGGGACAGUUCUUCUGCGGACGUUGCCUGAUCGGUGCUCGAACCGUCUCAUUCGCCGAUCACCCCUUGACCGAACCUGUGGGUCUUCCUUGGACCUGGACACCGAUCGCUUGGAUCUCGAGUGUCCGGAGAACUUAGGAAUACGGUUCAGGGUUCUCGGUUAUUCGGUUCUUCUCUUCGAAGAGAAGCGUUUCGAACGAGGACUGCCGGAACAUCGAGACGUUCGAGGACCUCUUUGCAGGAACUACAGAACUUCGCGACGGUUCAUCUCGAGGUCUGCUAAAGCCGAACCGAAGGAUCGACGGAACGGUUCGCUGGAACGAAAAGGAUUCGGUCCGAUCGCACGAUCCAACUAGAUCCUAAGUUGUCGGCCAUCGGCGAGCGUCUCGCCGGAGGGACAAAGAGCGUCGUUGUUCCUCGAGAGGGUGAACAAAGAGUUUGAUACAGAAGCUGGGAGCAAUUAGAGGCAUCGCUCUCGGUUCCUGCGGAUAACACCAGAACUGGUCUGCGUGGGCAACCUGGUCACCUUGGGUGCUCGAGGGGGUCGCGACGAAGCGGUCCAAGUGGAAUCUUCCAAGACCAAGCGGCGGUCGAGAUAUCGCGAAGGAUGAACGUCGGGUUGUUAGCAGUGGCGAUCGAGUUCGUGCGGUGUAAUUGAUUCGAGAACAACAAGACGUGGAUUUAUCGUUGCCGAUCGUGUCUUUGGUAGCCGAGGAACGGAGUUUGCCGUCGUUGGAACGUGUUACAGAGAUGGAGACCGCGAACCCCCAGUCGACGAUAGCAACGACCUCGUUGGAGUUGAAGACAAGAAGAGCGCAGUUUCAGACGCAAGCUUCGACUUUGGACAACAGGAGGAGGCAAGCGGUAUGCGUCAGAAGAGCCUACAAGAAGUAUGGCACCAAAAGCAAUCCUAAUAUCAUUCUAGACGGGCUGAACAUGACUGUGCCGAAAGGCUCGAUAUACGGCUUACUUGGAGCGAGCGGUUGCGGAAAGACCACGUUGCUCUCGUGCAUCGUUGGCCGGAGACGCUUGAACGCAGGCGAGAUCUGGGUCCUGGGUGGCAAGCCAGGGUCCAAAGGUUCCGGUGUUCCCGGUCCACGAGUGGGCUACAUGCCCCAGGAGAUCGCGUUGUACGGAGAGUUCUCCAUUCGAGAGACUUUCAUUUAUUUCGGUUGGUGCGCUGGAAUGACGACGGAUCAAGUGGAGGAUAAGCUGGAGUUCCUCAUCAAGUUCUUGCAGUUACCAUCGGAAAAUCGGUUCGUCAAGAACCUCUCCGGAGGCCAGCAAAGGAGAGUGUCGUUCGCAGCAGCCCUGCUCGCCGAUCCGGAACUAUUGAUCCUCGACGAGCCAACCGUGGGCGUGGAUCCUGUUCUCCGUCAGAGCAUCUGGGACCACCUGGUGCAAGUGACCAAGGAUGACAACAAAACGAUCAUAAUCACCACGCAUUACAUCGAGGAAACGAGGCAGGCCACCAUCAUCGGGCUGAUGAGGGGCGGCAAGUUUUUAGCCGAGGAGUCUCCGAGGCGGCUGAUGGAGAUGCACAACGUGGAGAGUUUGGAAGACGUGUUCCUGAAGCUCAGCAAACGACAGAACAUGGGUCUCCGAAGGCGUAGCAGCAUCCUCAGCAGCGUUACCGGUGUACCUCCGGAAGUUGACGUCGACGACGAAAUGAGCGGCGAGUUUGGGGAUAACGUCAGCGUGUCCAGCCGGAGAAGAAGCGUCGCUAUGAACGAUGGAAUUGUGCCGGAGCUACCGCCGCCGGAGAAGGGCAGUAAUUCCAAGAUAAAGACCAUCGAUUCCCAGCACAUGAAGGCUCUCGUGUGGAAGAACUUCCUGUGGAUGUGGCGUAACGUAGGCAUAAUGAUGUUCAUCAUAGGUCUACCAGUGGUCCAGAUCACCGUGUUUUGCCUCUCGAUCGGCAGAGACCCGGCGAACCUCAAUAUAGCGAUAGUCAACAACGAAUUGAACAGCAGCAUGGAGCCCUGCGUAGCACCGGUUGGCUGUGACUGGACGAGAUUGAGCUGUCGGUUUCUUCAGCAUCUCGAGAAGAGAUCGUUGGUGUUUCGGCCGUACGACAACGACGCCGAUGCCAGAAACGCUGUCGAACGAGGCUUGGCUUGGGCUGCCAUCACUUUUCCUGCGAACUACAGUGAGUCACUCUCGGCGAGGCUCGAGGAGGGCAAGGAUGUUGAUGACUGGAGCGUCGAGUACUCUAACAUGCUAAUCACCAUGGACAUGUCCAAUCAGCAAAUUGGUCAGCUGCUUCAAAGAGAUUUUUACUACUCCUACCAGGAAUUCGCCGAGGAUGUGACCGUAGCUUGCAAUUACAGUAAAAAGCUAACGAAUAUCCCAAUAAACUUCAAGAAACCCAUUUAUGGACCAUUGGAGCCCAACUUCACCGAUUUCGCGGCACCAGGAGUGAUCUUGACAAUCAUCUUCUUCCUGUCUGUCGCCCUAACUUCCGGCGCCAUGUUGCUGGAGAGGAACGAAGGUCUUCUGGAGCGAUCUCUAGUUUCUGGUAUCACAGGAACAGAAAUUCUCUUCGCCCAGGUGAUAACACAGUUCGUGGUAAUGAUAGGGCAGACGCUUAUGGUCUUGUUGGUCUCCUUUCCAGUCUUCAAGAUCACCUGCGAAGGUGACAUAGGCUGGAUCAGCGUAUUGACUAUUCUUACCGGAUUGUGCGGAAUGUGUUUCGGAUUCGUUGUUGCUUGUGUCUGCGAAAACGAAACAAGCGCUACUUACAUGGCGAUGGGCUCUUUCCUGCCCAUUGUGAUGUUAUGCGGUAUAAUUUGGCCGAUCGAAGGGAUGCACCAGAUUUUAAGGUACAUCAGCUUCGUCCUGCCUUUGACGAAGAGCACGGAAGCCCUGAGGUCGAUGCUGGCCAGAGGGUUAUCUAUAUCCAGUCCAGUGGUUUACAGUGGCUUCAUCUCCACUUUGAUUUGGAUAUGCGUUUUCAUGACGCUCGCGCUACUGUUAAUUAAAUUUAAGAAAGGAUAGAAUCGUGUAAAUAACGCGUAAGUAUUUUAGGGAUUACUGUAACUCGCCGGGAGAAACAAUCGAAAACGUCUGGAACCCAGUUUCGGAGAAAUAGUCCCAUAGAUGAUAAGCCAAACUAAAUAUAGUAAGUGAAUCGUGUGAGUGCAUUUGCUUUGUAAAAUUCUGGGGAUAGGAGUGAGUGAAAUAUGCGUCGAAAACGUAACAUGUUCUUUGCUCAACGUGGUUGUAUUAUAUUUAUUCUAAGUAUUGUCGUCCUGUUAAGGCAUAGUUAUGAUACCAUUUUAUAUAGUGCAAUGGAUAAGACAUCUUUGUGUCGUGUUUGGAUAGAAGGCCGCCAAUGGUCAUUUUAUAUUGCUUAUAGCCAGUAAAGGUAGUUAUACAUUUUUUUUUUUUUAUAAAUUCGAUCAUACAUUAAAACGAAUGUAUAUAAAAAUAAAUUUUAGUCGACUGUCUAAAUAAAACAUACGGAAAAUUAACGAAA